GGCAGUGAUCGGCAGGACAGUGCGCGGGAGGGACGUUAACUGUGGGAGAGUGAGGCCCCUGAGACAUGGUGUGAGGUGAUCGGUACGGGCCGAGCAGACCGAUCUCACAGAGACGGUACGGAGAACUGGAGACUAUGGCCGACCGUCUCAUGUGCUGUGCGCUGGUGCUGGCGCUUUGUCGAGUCACCGUUUCUCUCCCGGAGGUGUCGGCGCAAAAUGAGGAAAAAUGCGAGCAGCUCUGCGUGAAGAACCAGGGACGAGGCUCAAAUCUGGAGACAUCGUGCGAUGAAAGCUGCAGACUUGAACAGUGCAAUAAAGGAUGCGCCGGGAGAAAUCGCUCCCUCGAGUCGUCUUGUAAACAAUUUUGUAUGGACGAGGGGCCGUCAUCGCAGCAGGGAGAGCGCUGGUACUGCGUCAUCGGCUGUAACAUCGCCGUCAGUCGAUACGUUCAGCAGCUCAGAGAGGAGCUCCAGCUGGGCGCUCCGACUCUGGUGCCGGACUCGCUGACGGCCGACUCCGUCACCAUCCGAUGGCUGGCCCCUCCGCUGCCGCACGUCAUGCUGCUCGUUCAGUACAAGUAUUCGGAUCUACCCGGCGAGUGGAUAUUUUAUCAGCCGGACGUGAAACUAAACGCAAGCCAAGUUACAAUCACGGGACUAAAACCCUACACGAAAUACCAGUUCCGCGUGCUGUGGGCGGUGGCGGCCAGUCAGGAGCCUCUGCCGGGCGCCCCCUCCCACCCGAUCUCCACUCUGGCCCGCGGCCGACCGGCCUCAGCCCCCGAGGCUCUGACGGUGGCGGCUCCGGACGCUCACCACGUAUCUCUCCGCUGGCUGCCGCCGUCCUUCCCCGGCGGCCCUCUGGUCAGCUACCUGCUGGUGGUGCGCGCCGGUGGCCAGCGUACUGCAGCCGAGAUCGACCCCCACCUGACGUCACACGUGCUGGGCGGCCUGCAGCCCAACACCAACUACACGGUCACCGUCUCGGCCAUCAACAAGGACGGCGCCGGGCCGCCGGCAGAGAGCUGGGUGCGCACCCCGGCACUCGCGGCCGAAGUCUCUACCCAGGAGAGGCCAAUGCUCAUCAUCGGCUCUGGAGAUCUGAUCUUGCGACUGAAAAUGAACGUCACUUCGGCGCCGAGAACGGUCUACAGAGCCGACAAAGGCGUCAACAUCACAGGUACGGCCAUGGACGUCUCCUCGGCCCAGCUGUUCCUGGCGACCUCAGCCGGCCGUGUCCUGCGCCUGCCUCUGGACGGUAGCGCCUCUCGGCCGGUAGAUGUCACCCCUGUCGGCCUGGCCGGUCAGCCGGCGCUCCUGGCACUGGAUUGGCUGGCCGGCGCCCUGUACGGACUGGUGGCCGCCCCCGAUGGAGACUGGACCGUGCAGCGCUGGCUGCUGGAGGACCCGACGGUGAUCGACACUGGUCUGCGCUUCGCUGCCCGGCCGGCGCAUAUGGCUGUCGAUCCGCAGAAUGGUUAUUUCUACUACUCGGUCUCUGAACCCAGCCCGGACGCAGGCCUGUUCCGGUGCAGUUUCGACAACAUGACCUCAGCCGAGCGAGUGGCCUCCGGUGCUGACCUCAACUUUGCCACCUUCGUCAUCGAUCACACCAACUUCAGCGUGCUGGUGCCCGGCCGAGAGAAGAACACCGUGUUCGCCCUCUCCAUGAUCAGCUGGAGCCGGACCGAUAUCCGCAGCGGCGCCGUCCGGCCGCAGUACGACGGAAUGCUGGCGCUGGCCGAACACGCGCGCACGCUGUGCUGGUCCCGCGGACAGCACAUCUACCUGGAGACGUACCGGGCCGACCGGCGCGCCCACUACGCCAACCAGUUCAUGUUCAGCCAGACCCGACUGCCGGUCAUCAGUCUGCACGUGCAGCACCCGGCCUCGCAGCCGCGGCCGGCGCCGGCCAGCCCGCCCAGGGAGCUCCAGGUGGUAUUCCACUCUGGUCGCGCGCUGGCCCGGUGGCAGCCGCCGGCGCUCUCUGGACUGGCCGGCCCUGCCGCCUGGAGUGACUGGACCUACCAGCUGCGGCUGACCGACGCUGCCGGCCGGAGCAGGGAUGCGGAGAACAUUACAGGGACAGAGGUCACCGUGGAGAAGUUGGCUCCCGACACACAGUAUACCCUGCAGGUGCGCGCCCUGUCCGUGAGCGGCCUGGGCCCGUGGUCGGCGCCGUUCCGCGGCCGGACUCUGGAGCACCACCUGGACGCCAGUGGUCCGUUCCUGCUCUGGUCUACCGAGGUGGGCCUGCUGAGGUCGGAUGUGAUCGGAGACCGGCCUACGGUGCUGGUCAGCCGCGCCAGCUUUAACGCCUCAGACAAGAGCGGCAUCCACGUAUCGGACCUGACUUGGUGUGACGACAUCAUGUACCUGGCCACCAACGACUCACGCGUCUACUCUCACGACCUACGUACGGGCGAGCUGCGGCAGCUCGGGGACGCCGUACAGGCCACAGCACUGGCCGUGGAUUGGAUCGGGCGGCGACUCUACUGGUCCAGCCCCAAACAACAGCUGAUUUACGGCGCACCGCUGCCUGAUGAUGACGUCACCUCAAAGGAUGACGUCACCGCCGGCACUCCUCUGCCGUUUUUCACUGCUGCAAGGCACCUCAGAGUAGAUGCCCUCCGCGGUGUGCUCUACUGGGCGACUGGACACACAGUAGAGGCCAGCUACCUAAACGGAGAGAGGCGCAGGCACCUUUACAAGACGGGCAUCUUCUCCGGAAAACAGGUGGUUGGCCUCACGCUGGACCUGGCCGGCGACCGUCUGUUCUGGAUCGUACGCGACUUCAGUGGCUCCAGUCUGCACGUUCUGCCCCUGCUCGCCUCCCUGGAGGGAAGCAAUGACACGGCACCGCCGGCUGAGGUCAUCCCGCUGCGCCACAAGCAGGUAAAGGGACCGCUGCACUUCUUCAGCGGGCGACUACUCUGGGUGAUGGAGGACGAGUCAGCCGUCAUCGCUGACCCGGCCGUGGCUCACUUGGCCGUCAUCAACGCUGACGGCGUCACCGGCCUGCGGAUGAUCUCCGUGCUGGAUGGAGCGCUGCAUCCUCUGCCCGCCGGGUUCACCGACUCCCAUCAGGUACACGUGCUACCUGACAGCGUACCGGCCGAGUCUGUCACCCUCUCAGCCGAGGACGGAGGAGUGACGGUCAGCUGGGAGGCCGUCACAAACACCAACUUUGCGACGGUGACGUACCGCGCUGAGCUGAACGGCCGCCAGGUGGCGGUGGAGGCGCCCGAGGCGGAGUUGGACGGAGCCCUGCCGGCCUUUUCGCCGGUCCAGGUGGCGCUGAGAGCGGUCACCAGGUGGGGCGAGUCGGCCCUGACCCAGGUCACCCUUCACACGCCCGAGGGUACGCCCAGCGAGCCGCGCUCCCUCAGGGUGUUCACACUCCGGCAGCAGCCCAUCGUCGAUCCCCAGAACUGGACAGCGGUGGUGCGCUGGGACGUCCCCGUCUCUGCGAACGGCAUCAUCGGCCACUACCGGCUGACGGUAUGGCAGGGGGACGGCAUCGUCUUCAGCAGCACCGUCGUCAACGGCAGCGAGACCGAGACCCAGCUGACCGGCCUCAGGGAAAACGUCACCUACGGCGCCGAGAUCCAGGCGGAGACGUCUGCCGGCCCGGGCCCGCUGUCCUCUCGGCUGGAGUUUGAGGUACGCGACUUCCCCGUGCCCCGGCUGCUGGUGGCUGAUGCCGACCGGCUGCGACUGGUUGACCUCGACACGGAGAAGGUCACUGACCUACUGACCCAGCAGCGGGUCACUGACCUGGCCUCGGACGUCCGGGAGCAGCGGCUGUUCCUGCUCACCCCGGACAACGAUAUCCUCAGCCUGGACCUGCGCACACUGACCAAACACAAGGUGGAGAGCCUGCGCGGUUCUGGCAGCAGCCUGGCCUACGACUGGAUCAGCCGGGAUCUGUACUGGGCCGAGUCAGACACCGCCGGCCAGUACAGCUCCAUCUACCGGCGAAAUCUGGACACAGAGACGCUGGAGCGGGUGGCGGGACAGAACGGACGCAUUGGCCGACUGCGGGUGGACCCGUGGACCAGUCUGCUGGUGUGGAAUAUGGUCGGUCGAGACGGAGCCACCAUGCUGAUGAAGCGUUCAGCCAGGGACGGCGGAGUCAUCGGACAAUUCUUCGACGCCAACGAGCCGUCUGACGGGUGCGACUGUCCAUCGGGGGCGUCCGGCGGCCGGCUGGUCGGUCUCCACGGCCACCGCGUGCUCUGGCAGCUGCCCGGAGAUGACAGGCUGAUGGCUGCGGAUAUGGACGGCUGCCGCUGUCAGACGCUAUCAGACAUACCCAAACACGUUAUCUCCAUGGCCCUGUCAGAGGACACGUUAUUCUGGUCGCCCAACACCACUCACUCCAUCUCCAACUCCAUCUUCAACUCGAGUUCGGACGAGGACACUGGCUCACCAGUCUACUCGCAGCGUCUGGGCUCGUCCGGCCGGCGCCAGGUGUACUGGGGCGCCUCUGUGGGCGGUCUGUGGCCGCUGGACGGCCGGCAGCAGCGUUAUCCCUCCGUGCGCUGCCUGCUGCCCGGUCCUCCCGCCGGCCGCACCACCGACACCCACAGCACAGCCUCGACGGUCGACCUGCAGAUGUCUCCCCGGUCCCCGCCGGCCGAGUGCGGGGCGGUGUCCGCAGCGGCCGUGCGGUACACGCUGCACUACGGGUCGAACGCCGAGAAAGAACGGUGUCGGGACGAGCUGCGAUUCUGCCAGAAUAUGACGUCUGUCAGUAACCGCACUCAGCUGACGGGCCUGACCAGCCUGACGGCCUACACGGUGCACGUCUCCGUGUCCAACUAUUACUCUGAGCUGCUCGGCAUCGAGCUGCCGUCCAACACCAGUAUCAUCGUCCGAACCACGGCGCCGGCGCCGACGGAGCCGCGUGACGUCUCUGCCCGUCCGCUCUCCCCCGGGGAGAUAGAGGUCGGCUGGCUGCCGCCUCUCUCCUCUGGAGACCGACUCAGCUAUCAGGUUCACUGGCGCAUUGAGGGAGCCACCAGCAGCCUGCGGGCCUUCGGUCCGGAGCCGACCGGUGGCGACCGGCCCGACGACGCGCCGCAGGGCCGCUUCCGCUUCCUGCUGAAGGACCUGACGGCCGCCACAGAGUACCAGAUCUGGGUGAGCGCGCUGUCGUCGGACGGCAGUGCCGACUCCAACAGUAGUCUGGUAGUGGCCACCACCUACCCGUACCCAGCGCCGCUCAGUCUACAGCAGGCUAACGUCACCAGCCUGACCGUCGGCUGGCCGCGGCCCGGGGAUGGUACCGUUCACUGGAGCUGGGUGCAGUACCGUCCUGCCGCCGGGGGUGACUGGAUGAACGCCACUCUGGCCGAGCCCGGCUCCCAGCAGCCGCUGCAGCUGUUCGUGGCUGGGCAGCUGCAGGCCAACUCGCAGUACCGGUUCCGACUGCAGCUGGUGUUCAGCUCGGGACAGCCGUUUGUCGUGCCGGCGGCCGGGGAGAACUUUGUAUUCACUACUGCAGCUGGCCGGCCGGACCAGCCGGCUGCGCCCGAGGUCCAGCCGCUGGCCAACUCCCUUUACCAGGUUAGCUGGGCACCUCCCGACGAUAACGGUGCAGAAAUCGACCGCUACGAGCUGGAGGUCGAGUCGGAGGCACGUCGCGCCCGACGCGACGCUUCCGGGAUGGACGACGACGGUUCGGGCUGGAGACUUGUCUACACCGGCGCAGACCCAUCAUGGAUUAUUGACGGUCUGGACCCGUCUCCCAACUACCGGUUCCGGGCUCGGGCGCACAACACCCACGGCUGGAGCUCGUACAGCGCCCCGUCUCUGCCGCACCACCUGGAGAGUCUGCCGCUGACGGCUCCGCGGUCCGACACGCCCGUCAUCGUCGGGGGCGUCAUCAGCGCCGCCUGCCUCGUCAUCAUCAUCGCCAUCGUCUACCUGGUGCUGCGUUUCCGUCACCGUCCCGAGGACAAGAAGGCACCCCGCUCGCCAGACCAGCUCCCCCACGACCUGGAGCUAGCGCAGCUCCGCGAGAUCCCGGCUCACUUUGUGCGCCAGAACAACACUCUGUACGCGCCGCCGUUCGCUGAUGCUGAGGACGCAGCCAGUCUGCCGCGCGUGCGCCGCGAGCACAUCACGCUGACCAAGUUCCUCGGCAAGGGGGCGUUCGGCGAGGUGUACGAGGGCCUGGCGCAGCAGCUACCUGGCAGGGAGGAGGAUGAAGACGGAGUCAGGGUUGCGAUCAAGACACUCGCGAAAGGAGCUAAGGACGAAGAGAAACUCGAGUUCCUGAAAGAGGCGCAGCUGAUGAGCAACUUCAAGCACAAGCACAUCAUCUCUCUGCUGGGCGUGUGUCUGGAUAACGACCCGUACUUCCUGCUUCUGGAGCUGAUGGAGGGCGGUGACCUGCUCAGCUACCUGCGCGCCAACCGAGGCACCGACUCCGACGGGGCUCCGAUCCUGUCGCUGAACGACCAGCUACAGAUGUGUGUGGACGUAGCGCGUGGCUGCCAGUACCUGGAGCAGCUGCACUUUGUCCACCGGGACCUGGCUGCCCGCAACUGCCUGGUCACCAGCAGCGAGCCGCACAGACGCAUCGUGAAAAUUGGAGACUUCGGACUCGCCAGGGACAUCUACAAGAACGACUACUACAGAAAGGAGGGCGAGGGUCUACUGCCUGUCAGGUGGAUGUCUCCAGAGUCACUGAUUGACGGCGUGUUCGCCAGUCAGUCGGACGUCUGGGCGUUCGGCGUGCUUCUCUGGGAGGUGAUGACCAAGGGCCAGCAGCCGUACCCGGCCCGUACCAACCUGGAGGUGCUGCAGUAUGUCCGUGAGGGCGGCACGCUCAGCCGACCGGACCGCUGCCCCCAGCUGCUGUACGACCUGAUGCAGCAGUGCUGGGAGUACGAUCCCGAGGACCGGCCCAGUUUCGCGCACUGCCUCCAAUGUCUGCAGCAGACUCAGGUGGCCGCCCUCGGCCAGGCACCAGGGCUCGUGCAGACCGGAAUGACCGUGCACAACGCCCAGUACGCCCGAACACCCGCUGCGUUCGAUAACAGCGCCUACACGGCCGAUGGAGAGGAGGUUGAAGCUACCGGCGGCGGUUGGAGGCGCAGCUCGAGCGCCAACAGCGGUCGCGACAGCUCGUUCCUGCUAGCUGACGGCGACGACGACUCCGUGUUCAGCGACUCGUCAGCGGCGCAGGCCACGCUGCCGAGCCGGGCGCGCCUGCGGCUGCCGCACCGGCACAGCUACCUGCAGCUGCGCCACGACAGCAGCUCUGGGUACGAGGUGCCCACCGGCGAACCGCCCGCCCCCACCGCUGCUGUCCGGAGCGUCAUGGGGGCGGCAGAGCCGGCAGCGGCGGUGGGUGGGGCUGCAGCACCUCACAGCUACCAGAACUGCACGCUGGCGGGUCCGCUGCCGGCGAGCUCUCUGGGUGCACUACCGGCGAGCUCUCUCAGCGCGCUGCCAGCCAGCUCUCUCAGCGCACUGUCCUCGGGGUCCUCAGGCGGCGCCGGUCCGUCCUGCAGUUCAGUCCCGGCGGGGGCGGGGGCGGCGGCCGGGGCGGGGGCGGCUGGCGCCUCCGUCGACGACAUUCAAUUCUCGUUCGCCGCCGCCGCCGAGCUGGACCCUCGUCAUAGCGUGGCCAGUCUUCUGUCACAAAUCAGCGGCGUCGCCAUCGAUGUCGAUCCGGGAAAGACGUCCUGGUGUUAGCGCCGGCGACCGCUGGUGUGACAGACAGACAGACAGACGGACAGACAGAGGGGCUGUGAGCCGAGGGUCGGCGCCGGGGCGUCACUAGUCACCGUCCCAGUCACAGGGCGCCCGCCGCGAGCGGGGCGCCCGCCGCAGUCACAGACGGCGCCCAUGCCCAGUCAGCAGGGCGCGCAGUGGGUUCAGUGUGAGUGAAUUCGUGAUCGAACUUAUUCGGGCUGCAGCGUCGGUGAUGCUCAGCCCGCGUGCCUUUUAUGCGGUGGGUCGUGGUCGGGUAUUUUAAGUGGGUGGACCAGCGGGACCAUGUGAAAUGUAUGUUUAAACGGGACCAGACACGGCUAUUCGCUGGUGUGGGUGAAGUGUCCGAAUCUCGAAGUGUUUAUGAUCAUGUGUGUCGUUUCCAACUCAUCAUAGACGCGUCGCAGGGACAAAGCGGACGCCACUGCGAAGCAUUUGCACACGAAGUGACCGCACAUAUACAGUAAUGAGAAAUGUACGAGUGUAGACGAUAUUAUACCUAUGUAACAAGCAGCGUAUGCCAAAGUAUUUUCCAGGCUUGGUCAGACUGCUGGCGGCCGGCUGGUUCGGCUCUGGGGUCGGAGAAUGUCUGAAUCUCUCGAGCCUCUCGUUUGCUCACAGUCUUCCUUAUACGCUGUCUUUAAGCUGACCUAUUUUGCACAACACAUCGAUAUUCUGAGCACAUUCCGAUUCGUUGAGCUUUGCGCGGCCGUCGGGGCGGCCGCACUUGCCUUUGCCCCAGCAGGGCACCGCCAAGGGCCGCGGCCAGUCUUCCAAUCACCGUGUGGUGCCUGUGCUGCCGAGGGUAUUAUGUAUGUGAUGAGUGUCAUGAGUGUGUACAUAGGUUUAUUGAGUGUUGAAGCUGUGCCAAUUCUUGCGAUAUCAAUACACCAUUCCAUGAUGAUAAAA